UACUGAAACUUCAUCUGCUACGGUCCAGCUGGAAGAUGGACGCAGUUCUUCGUGCUGUUUUGAGGCGUGUGGACUGCAGAGUGUGAGCGGGUUAGGGCGCGGGACUCGGUUCUGUUGCGCGUGAUCGCCAGCUGCCUUCACGCGCACAACGCGCCGUAACGCACGAGCGAUGCUCUCGGUCUCGCGCUGAAAUUCUACUUUCAGUCUGAGCCGCUAUCUUCCCCGAGGAGCUGUGUUUUGUUUUUUCCUCUAGCCGAUGUGCUGUGGUAUGUGUGUUUAUCUCUAGCUGAAUCUCAUGUGCGCUAAAAGUCCAUCUGGCCAGUGCAGGUCAGGUUAUUUCCGUUCAUUCUCAAUCCAAAUAUUAGUUUUUUUUUGGACUGUUUCGGACUUCAUCCUUUAGAAAUUCGUUCCGUAACUUGUUGCUUUGUUUAUUUACUGCCCCCUACCCCUAUUUCGUAAAAGAUCAGUUUUUUAGACAGUUCCUAAAUAUUUUUCUUACUAACAAUUUUUCAUAUAUAUCAUCAUCAUCAUCAUCAUCAUCAUCAUCAUAUCUGUGUUUCGGUGCGGCGGUCACCUCUGCGCCUCUGCAUUAGCCCACUCACUCUGACUGAAUGCUUCAGUCCACAACUUGCAUAUUAAAAAAUACACUACCAGUCUGUUUAUGGAUGCUAGCCAACUGCUCAACAAGAGCCCGUGGGAAGAAGCUUGACAUGAGCUCUGCUGCAUAGCCAGUGAUGGAUCUUCAAAGCCAGUUCGCCUUUAAGAAAUCAUACGGAAGCUGACUACAGACCUAUAUCCACCAAUCCCGCUGGACUCCUGUCUGAUGAAAAUACAUCGUCUGGAAUAUAUUUCCUACAAAUUAUGCAGGACAAAGGCUUACAAUCUUUACAGCGGAGUAAUGUCUGAAGAUGAAGUAAAGGGGGGCAUUUGCUCUGGCCUCUAACUUGGUAGUCUGAUUACCCAGAGGCUUCCUGCUUCCAGAGGCUUUUCUGCUUCUCUUUGGCUGUGGAGGAAAGGAAUUGAGCACUGCAUGAGAAAUCUCUGUUGCGGAUUACUGAGGAUCAUGCCAGACCAACACCCCGUGAUCAGUAAUGGGAACUGUUGAGAGGAAUUACACCUGAAACUUGAUCGAAACUCGAACCCGUUGGAGUAUCUCUUCUGACAUGUGUGUGUUAGUUUUCUAGUCUUUUGUUUGAACUGAUUUCCACUGUUUCACCAAUGUAGCGUAACGAAGGAGUGAUGAAUAUAGAAAUCUAGUGGAAGAAGGAACAAAAAUGAAUAGAAAAUCAGGCACCAUUUACUGCAGCUGAAUUCCCCCUUCUGUGGAGAUAGAAAAAAGGAGUAAACCUGUGCUCCUGUGGCAAACUGACCGCUGCUCCAGAGACCGCUGCUCUUAUUUUGUUUGCCUUGUUUAUCUGCUGCCUGGCCCCGGUAAUGUUCCAUCGCCUCCGUGCCCACGUAAAGCCAUGCCAGUGCCUGAGAUGGCUGUAAGUCCAGUGAAAUCUUUACAAUGGGAGGUCUUCCCACCAAUGGCCACAUGCCGGGUCUACUGCACACCUGUCCUGUGGGGUGGCCGUCUUUACGUGAUGGGGGGCUGCAGCGAGAAUGGAAUGCCUCUGGACUCUGUAGAGGUCCUGGAUGUAGAGAGCCAAAGCUGGUGUCAGCUCCCCCCGUUGCCCACUGCCAGGGCAGGGGCUUCAGCUGUGGCACUGGGGGAUCAACUGGUGGUAAUGGGGGGCAUGGACGCUCAGCAGAGCCCACUGGCAUCGGUGGAGGUCUACCACCCUGACGAGGGCAAGUGGGAGAGGAAGACAGGACUGGGACAGGCAUCAAUGGGCAUAACUGCCCUAGAGAUAGAGGGAAAGGUGUACGCACUGGGGGGUAUGGGUUCUGACACCAGUCCGCAGGCACUGGUGAGAGUCUAUGAGCCAGUUAAGGAUCAGUGGCUAUCUCUGGCCUCUAUGCCCACUCCCCGCUAUGGAGCCUUCUCCUUCCUGCGUGGAAACAAGCUCUAUGUUCUGGGUGGACGUCAGGGCAAGAUGCCAGUGACAGCGUUCGAGGCCUUUGACCUGGAGACAAAGAGCUGGACGCGUUACCCGUGCAUCCCGAGCCGCAGGGCCUUCUCCAGCUGCGCCGCCACAGAGCGUGCCUUCUACAGCCUAGGUGGACUGCAGCAACCCGGUCCUCACAACUUCUACUCAAGACCACACUUCGUGUCCACUGUGGAGGAAUACGACGCAGAACAGGGUGUUUGGUUGAAGCCCACACGGAGCUCCCGGAUGAGAGAAAAGCGUGCAGACUUUGUGGCCGGCUGUCUCGGUGGAAGGGUGAUCGUUGCCGGAGGACUGGGUAAUCAGCCGUCACCGCUGGCAUCAGCAGAGAGUUAUAACCACGUGAAGAGGAGGUGGGAGGCUGUGGUUCCGAUGCCAACCCCACGCUGCUCCUGUACCCCACUACAAACCGCGAACAUGCUAUUCCUCAUCGGCGGCGUAUCGCAGGGUCCCAGCAACGCAGUCGAGGCCCUCUGUCUGCAAGAAAGUGUCUGACAAUACCGACCUGUACUCUUGCACCUAUGAAGGACAUGUGCUGGACUCCGCAGGCAUAAGAGACAUGCAGAUGAAACUGCGAUGAGUUCUGCUUUGCCUGAGUCCACCUCCAGUACAGUUCAGUGGAGACAAUCUACAAGAGAUCUGGACAGAAACAAAUGAAUCUCUGAAUGGACUAAAGACUUUGAAGUCUCAGACUAGCAAGCAAAAAAAACCACUCUAUGUACACACAAAACUACACAGACAGAGGUGCAGAUGCCUUUGAACUGUACAGUUGUUUCUGUUUUUUUUUUUGUUUUUUUCCAAAAAUCAAAGCAGGGUACUUUUCUGGCUAAAUUCAAAAGGAACUUAGGGCCAUAUCCACCACGCUGCCGCAGAGUUCACCUGCAGUAGCACGUUUAGCACUUUUUCUAUCGCAUUUGAGAAAAAGCAAAGACGGAGGGGAUCUUUGCAGGAGUGGAGGCGUAUGUCUGUGCGUUUUUGUAUCUUCACAGCCAUGCAUGUGUGAAAUUCAGCACUAUUAUUCUUAGAGCGAGAAGAACAUGCCGCUAAUGGUCAAUAAUCGAUGCCUGCACUGUAGCAUGUUAUGGUACGGUCUGAGGCAGUAAUGGAGACAGAGUAAGUCAAGCUUAGACAGCAAUAGCAUGAGUUUUCUAGGAAGUGUCAGAGCCCUGCAUAAUGCAUUUAGAACUUGCCACUUUAGCAUAUCCAUAAUACUCCCUAAAUGAGCAGCUGAUGGUUUUGGUGAAUGGAUUAGAAGAAAGUGUAGAAGUGAGCAGAUGGUGUCAUGCCAUGUCGACAGUUCUUCUUAAUGGAAAAUAGGAGCUUUUUUCGUUUUAAAUCAAAACUAAGGUCGUCACGUGGAUGUUCGGAUCAAGACACGAUCCUGUCAGGUAAUAUACACAGAUGUACUUCACUGGUGCUUCUGUGUAGUUCACGAUGGAUUAACGGAAAUUGAUCAGUCAUAUAGGUAAAUUAUGUUUAUAAGAGACGGAUUUGGAAAUAAUGGUGGCAACACAUAAGAGCUCUAAAAUACCAAUGACAAAGUUUUGUCCCCGAAUGAUCUCCCUCUACCAGAAGGGGGCAGUAGUCUUUACUUGUACAAUUUUAAAGUCCACAAAAAAAGAAAAGCCUGUGUUCCAAAUUGCUUACUACCAUUUUAAAUAGUAUGUCAAAAUAGUAUCUGUGUCGUCAGUAUCAGUAUCUGUAGUGGUGUACUAUAUACUUUGACAUACUAUUUAGUGCAGUAUUAUUUAGGGGAUGUAGCAUGUCACUGUGAAAGAACUUCCUCGGAAUGUAAACACUGCUCGGCCAUUUGAAUCCGAAAGUAUAGCUAGCUACAGCUGAUGGGGAGACGAUAAGACUCACUGUUUAUCGUCUUGAAAGAGUCAUUUACUUUCUUUGCUUUCUUUUCUUUUUCUUAGACUGGACACUGAUAAGUGGGACACAGGGCAGUCAGCCAGCAGUGUGAUUAGCUUGCUGUUUUAUAGCCCCCUAAGGCAUUAUAAUCCCCCAGCCCAUUCUCACAGCCCUACUUUAACAGGACGCCCGGUACCUGAUAAUAAGUCCUAUACAUAUUCACACUGUCAUAUUAAAACUGUCUCUAGGGUUUCCUCUCGCCUCGCAGUCAUGAGACGGAUGCUGUGAGGAUGACGAAGACAUUCAUUUACCUCCAGCAUUCGAGUGACACACGGCCUGCCGACGAAAGUGACGACCGAAGAACCAUGCACAUAUGGUCCGUGCGCACAUGUACACACCCACUCUUACCGAGAGCGUCUUGUUUGUUUAGACUUGCACGUCCCUAAUGAGACAACUGUGAUAGUCUGCAGGCUGUAGUCUUUUUGCAGCAUGUCAUAGUAGUAAUUUGAUAGCUCUGUGCCUGUGCAGAGACGGUGUGGAAACGCAUGAGAACGAGUCUACAAGGAAGGAGCGCUACUAGAAAAGGACGGCUUAUUUUCGUCGUCCUGCCACACCGUCCCGAGCUCCACGGCAAUACAGUCAAACCGUUGUACGUUGCGUGUGGCUCGAGGGAUCCGAUAAGGGUUUUGACAGCACGUGACAGCCUCUGAGCUCUGUACAGGCAGGGGAUGUAGGAAUGCAUUAAUUAGAUGAUGUUGAAAGAGAUAUACCUCCUUUUUAUACAAAACAUGACCUUUCAGUGCAGCGUGUUACAGUACACUAUUCUGAACUCGCAUACUGUAUAUCGUAGUUACAGCCCGAUUAGGAGCAAUAUGACUUUCUUUCUGAGCGACGGGUUUUACGGAGAUUCUAGCGAUGUCUAGUGAUCUGAAUUAAUGAGAGCGCUUUAUUUUACUAGGUGAUCUCAUCGAGCUUCAACAAAUUUGUCGGCCCAUCGAAUUUCUAACGAAGGACGUGAGGUGUAAAGAUCAGUUCGAUCUUGAGUAGCAGUGUUUUGCUGUGAUUUUUGACCAUGUUUUGUUUGUCAUACAGAUUUCCCUGUGGUGAAUCUCUAGUGAUUUUUUUCAAGUCGGCUUUUCCCAGUGCUUUGUGUUCGGUCUACAUGCUUGUUUUUGUUUAUCUGUGAUGUGAUAAGUUGUCAUUGUUCACCCUUUUCUGAAGAGUUGUGGUGCUGGGUCUGUCCUUUUUUUCCUCUAUGAUGCUGUGUUUUGACAUUUGUAUUUGAUGUGUAAAUGCAGGUUGUGCUAGCUGAUGGGUGCUGAUGAUGUCUGACAUGACAUAACGGUACCGCAUUGCCAGAGCACAGCUGAGUAUGUACCUCCUAUUCAGAAAACCUGCCAAAGAGGACCUCAAUCAAAGAACAAAGAAAAUACCACUAGAAAUAAAUAGUUGUCUAGAGGAUAUAUAGUGUAGAGUGUAUAGUAAAAAAAGAAAAAAAAAGGGUGUGUAAAAUGUGCAGUUGCAAUCUCCCACUCGAGAAGAGUUUUAUAUCUCCAAACCUGUGCCUGUGAUAGGUUUUCGCUGUGUUUACAUCAGAAAUGAAACAAAAGCCUAUGGUACACAACAGAUACGGUACUCUCCAAGUAGAAGAACCUAGUCCUUAUUCAUCAAAGUGGUGUAAUGGAUCUUUACGAUCGAGUGGAUGCAAAUUUCAACCUCUCCCUGCAAAAUACUUUUUCAUCAGUUUGAUGUAUCUGUAUGCUUGGACAUUUACGAGCGAUGUUUUAAGUCCCUGGAAAAAUGCUCCAUUUGCAGUUCAGUUAUUGUUAGUAGCAAGUACAAGAUAUUAGAAUCGCAUAAUAAUAGAAUAACAGUAGAAAAAUAUAUAUUUAUAAUCACAUUUGCACACACCGGCACCUUGUUGCAGCAGCACAAUGCGUGAAAUAAAACAGUUAUCUAAUCAGCUGAUCAUGCGGCAGUAGUGCAGUGGAAGAGAAUCAUGAAGAUACAGGUCCAAAGCGUUCACGUCAAACCUCAAAAUGUGUAAAAAGUGAUUUCAGUGAUUAUGACAGUGGCAUGCUUGUUGCUCCUGGGGUUUUCAUGCAGUACCGUUCAUAAAGAUUACACAGAAAGGUGCGUUUAAAAAAACCCAUCCAAUUAGCAGUUGUGGAGAGAAGAGAAGCAUCUCUCUACCCACACAUGACAUUAGACCUUGAGGUGGUGAUGAGCUACUACAGCACAAGACCACACAGGAUUCCACGGCUCCUGUCAGAUAAGAAGAGGAAAUAAAAGAGUCCACUGUAGCCUCAGAUUCCUCUUCUGGACACCAACAAGCAUGCCACGGUCAAAGUCACUAUUAUCAUGUCCUCACGUGAACCUCGGGACUGAAGCUCUUGACCCGAAUGAUCUUAUGCGUCGUGUCGCCACAUUGUUGGCUGAUUGGAUAAUUGCAUUAAUAAGCAGGAUUACAGCGCUCCAAAUUAAAGAGGUCGGCGAGUGUGUAUUAGCGCACAUUAUUUAAGAUUACAUAAUUUUCGAUCAAUUUGUGCAUUAUUCAUUUAAAAAAAAAUUUUGUCAUGAUUUGGCUCACCUAUAUGUAAAUCAAUUCCAUUCUUAUUUAGUAGGAAAGUCUGAAAAUGGUUCGAUUUACUAGCUAAUUUAAAAAGUUAAUGUUUAUUUAACACACACACACACACUUCCAUGACUUCUAUAUACACUUAAAUUAAUUUCAAUCAAAUACCAAAUACAGUUAUAUUUGAAGCAUAAUUUCUUCUUCUAAAAUUUGUGUAAACCGUUGCUUUUAUUUCGUUUUUGGUUUUUUUGCACACUUUCUGUGCCAUUUCGAGGAUAAAGACUGCAACCUUGGACACAAGCGCUGCUAACUCAGCUUCAAUGAACAGUAUUUUCUCCUCUCUCUGUACUUAUUUCAAUUCCAGUCGUCUGAAUGCUUUCCUUUUAUUAGCUCCCUCUCACAGCGCCUGAGUAAAACAGGCCAUUUUACACAGCUGACGUCGCUUCAUCAGCUGAGCCUCGAUUCAUCGCUUGUGCUCAAUUCUUUUUGAUGUCAUUCAACGGUUCUGCUGUAUGACAUCAAACUCCGGCGACGUCGCGAGCCUCGAGUGCUUGUUUCUGCGCAACUUUGAUGAAUAAGGGCCAGGGUGUUUGUGGUGUCAUGCUGCUUGCAUUAGCAGGACUGUUAACCCUGCAGGUUAAACCUGCGCACUCAACUUCAUCGUAAACAGACCUAUUAGUCGCAGAACAUUCUUCUCAGAGCUUUUUCUAAUACGAAUUCUGAAAAGGAAUUAGCAUUAACGCUAAUGGAGCAGGAGUGCUAAUGUACCCGCUGUCUCCUGCGUCAUAUUUCCGACACGUUCAUCCUCUUCUGACAAUCAAUCGACAAGCAAUUUUAAAUGAAACCAUCUAAACUGGCAUCAAUCUUGACUUUUUUAAAGACCAUUAAACUUAUUCAGCCAGAGGCAUUAAUUUGCACUUGAGAAAGAACAGGCAACACUUGCCUAUGCUCGGGCAGUUACCGAACACCACCACUGGGGCUGAGGCACAUGUGGCGGAGUUUGAUCGAUCACAUUACGAACUUUAUGCGGAGAAGCUAUAGUAGGUAGCUCCGUGAUGAUGUCAAGAAAUCCAGAAUCACAAUUUGAAGAGUAGCAAAUCUCACGUUGUAGAGAAGUGGCCUAGUGUUAGAUGUCCAUCGUCGUGUAUAACCGAACAUGAAUCCAUGGAGAUCGAUAUUUUUGUUUCUGUCUCAAAAGUGGCAUCGAGAACGAGAAAAAAAAAAGACUUGAAUGUAACGAUCACAUUGUCACAGCAUUGUCUUGUAGUAUUUAAGUGAACCUAAUUCCUCACAUGAACCCCCUCCAUUAUCCAGUGCACAUUGUAAAAGCAUAUCAUACACAAACCUUCACUCAGACUGGCAUAGUUGCUGACAGUGCUCUGGGAUUCGUGCGAGUUUGUGCCAGCGGCUCCGGUCCAGUAGUUCAGUGCCUAUAUAUGUGAGAUAGUGCCUCUACUAUGACUCCUCUAAUAAAAGAUUUGACCGUUGCUGUCCAAUGCUGUUUUACUGUGUUUUGC